CCGGAGAAACAUGGAGGACAGCACUGGCAGUAAUCCCCAGUCUCCCGGAUUCACAGAGAAACUGAAGUCUUGGCUCUCUUGGUCAUGGACUUAUGUGUGCUUCCUUUGGUUCGGGAUGGUGCUGAUAAUGAUAUACGUCCUGUGGAGUCCGCUGAAAUUGCAGGAAACUCUUACCUCAGCUUCAGUGUUUUUAAACACACUGACACCCAAAUUUUACGUGGCUCUCACUGGAACCUCCUCUCUUAUCUCUGGACUCAUCCUUAUAUUUGAAUGGUGGUAUUUUCGUAAAUAUGGGACUUCGUUUAUUGAACAAGUAUCGGUGAGCCACCUGCGUCCUUUGCUGGGUGGAGUGGAAAGCAGCUCCACAACUGGUCUGUUCUCAUCAGUUAAUGGAGAUGCAGAGCCUAGGCCCAGUGUUUCAGAGUGCAAGGUCUGGCGAAAUCCUUUGAAUCUUUUUAGAGGAGCUGAAUAUAACAGGUACACCUGGGUGACUGGGAAGGAACCCUUAACAUAUUAUGAUAUGAACCUAUCUGCUCAAGAUCAUCAGACCUUCUUCACAGGAGACACUCAGCAGUUAAGGCCAGAGGAUGCUGUAAGCCUAGAUGAUCAUCUUCUUACAGUGAUGCAGAAGGCCUGGAGAGAGAGAAAUCCUCAAGCCAGGAUCAGAGCAGCUUAUCAGGCCAUAGAGAUCAACCACCAAUGCGCUGCAGCCUAUGUGCUUCUAGCAGAGGAAGAAGCAACAACUAUCACAGAAGCCGAACGCCUUUUUAAAAAAGCUCUAAGUAUUGCAGGAAAAGAUAUCAACCUACUAGUAUAUAUUAAACGCAGAUUGGCAAUGUGUGCACGCAAGUUGGGGCGAAUUAAAGAAGCAGUAAAAAUGAUGAGAGAUUUAAUGAAGGAGUUCCCAUUGUUGGGAAUGUUAAAUAUACACGAAAACCUCCUUGAGGCUCUUCUAGAGCUUCAGGCAUAUGCUGAUGUGCAAGCAGUCCUUGCAAAAUAUGACGACAUCAGUUUGCCAAAAUCAGCUACUAUAUGCUAUACAUCUGCGCUGCUGAAAGCACGGGCUGUCUCAGAUAAGUUUUCACCAGAGGCAGCAUCCAGGCGGGGGCUAAGCACAGCAGAGAUGAAUGCUGUGGAGGCCAUACACAGAGCCGUUGAGUUCAAUCCCCACGUGCCAAAGUACUUAUUAGAGAUGAAGAGCUUGAUCCUGCCUCCAGAGCACAUCUUGAAGAGGGGUGACAGUGAGGCAGUAGCAUACGCUUUCUUCCAUCUGCAGCACUGGAAGAGGGCAGAAGGAGCCUUAAACCUACUACACUGCACCUGGGAGGGCACUUUCCGAAUAAUUCCCUACCCACUGGAGAAGGGUCACCUCUUUUACCCGUACCCAGGAUGCACAGAAACAGCAGAUAGGGAACUACUGCCCUCUUUCCACGAGGUGUCUGUGUACCCAAAGAAAGAGCUUCCCUUCUUCAUCCUCUUCACAGCAGGCCUUUGCUCUUUCACUGCCAUGCUGGCCAUGCUCACACAUCAGUUUCCUGAACUAAUGGGUGUCUUUGCCAAAGCAUUCUUCAGCACGCUCUUUGCACCGCUGGGUUUCUUCGCAGACAAGAUGGAAAGCUUCAUGCCGUCCAGUUUUUGGCACCAGCUGACUCGGAUCUGACCCCGUCUAACACAGACACAAUGCAUACACACACACACACACACUAAUACCACUCCAAACCCUUGAACAAAAAGUGUUUUCUCUCCUGUCUUCAGCAUUACUGCCCACUUGCUGCGUUGUUACUGAUUACCGUAUGUUGGCUGAAGUUGUAUCAACACAGUAAUACUACUUCUAAGAUGCUCUCCCACACUCUUCCAAUAGUCAGAGUUUCUCCAAGAACACAUUUGGUGAAUACCAUUUGCAACAGUUUCAUAGGGUCAUUCACUUUUGUUAGCAUGGGGAAAUCCAGCAUUUUUCAAUAAUCCAGAGUAAACUCAGAUUCAAAAAAAGAAAAAUUAAAAUUUGGUUUUGCCUGUGUAUGGAAGAAAAAUGUACAUAAAGGGUCUCCUGCCCAUUUGCAAAAGAAACCCAUAUUCUUUUUCUUUGUGUAAUCAAAAAGAUGCCAUUUCAGUGGGCUAUAUCGACCCUCACACGCAUCUAGCGGGCAGAUUUAAACGUCUGAGGCCUCUUAAAACAGAGGCAGGAUUUAUAACCUCAGAGGGACUGCAGUGUAUACAAUGCCUGUGCAGUUCAACUAUUGUCGCUAAGGCUGAAUAUCUCAGCACUACGUCUCUGGGGUAACCACUGCAUCAUCAAAAUGUAAAUAGGAUCAUCAGCGGUCAGCAAUCAUACUUAAAGUCACACAGCAUAGGCAAUUUAACAUCUUCAAUAACAAAAAUUAAAAUAAUUCUAAAUAUGCUGUGUAAGGUCAACUUGGGGCAAUAACCCUCACGAUCUAUCAUUAGGCAAACAUGUCAAGUUGGUCACUUCAACUGCCUGCUGAUAUGCAUUUAGAGUGGGCAGAAUUUCCUUUUCCUUACUUUACUAACAUUUUGAUGACUGUCUGAAUUGGUAUAAUUAAGCUAAUGUUUUCUUCUGUGAAAGGUUGUUUUUUUGUAUUAAAUUAAAUAUGCUCUAUUAGAGCUAUACAUUGAAAGAUUUUAUUGAAACAUAACAACAGGAAACAAAUUUACCUGUUUUUAAUUCAUAGAAAACUUAUACAGGUAAUAUAGAAAGUUUUAAAAACCACAAAUUUACUUAAAUAAUUUUCUUAAAUCUCAGGUAUCAGUUUUUUCUCAGAUAUCCUGACAUCACGGUGACAGCUUUCCACCUUACGUGAAAGAAAAUGUUAUAAUAAUUUUUAAAAAGUGCCUUUUAGAUCAUUACAUAGCUAAACUACUGUGUAGUGAUUAAAAGCCUGUUUGGUAUUUAUUACACCUGCAGUAUGAUAGACUCAGUUUGGGAAAAAAUGCUUAAAGGGUCAUUUUUAUAGAAAUGUUAUAUGGAAUCAGUAUAACAAUGAAAAACAAAAGCAAAAAAAAGGGCAUGCUGGUUAUUAUGCAAGGGAACACACAAACACAUCAUUCAGACCUUCUCCAAACUCUGACUACUUAGACUGCAUACCUUGAUCUUAAGUAUUUGUCUAUUUAAAUGUGUGACACACAGAGGAUCUUUAGUGUGCAGCUGAAAUGUAACAGUAUGCUGAAGACAGGAGGAUCUGUGAACAACUGUAACUACGCGUGGAUGAGUUUGAAAGCAAAACAAAAUAAAUUAGUCUUUCAUUGA